UCUAAUGGCCAUGAAUCCGAAAUGACCAUCCUUCUCCAUACAUGUCAUCAAAUAAUAAGCUGGUAAUAACAACGCUCAACAUGCGAAGUGGCAUUCCAUUAGAAUAAUUCGCACUGAAAGUACCACGAAAAUGGAUGUUCAGCCACCCCAAGUUUUGAAAACGCCGCUGCAGGUGCCCAGGAAGACGCUGAUGGGACCGGGACCUUCCAAUUGCUCCCCGAGGGUCAUGAAUGCCAUAGGGCAGCCUAUUUUGGGACACAUGCAUCCGGAGAUAUUCAAGAUAAUGGACGACAUCAAAGAAGGCAUCCGCUAUGUAUUCCAAACCGCUAACCCCCUCACCCUCGUCGUUAGCACGUCCGGCCACGGCGGCAUGGAAGCCGUCCUGUGCAACCUCCUCGAGCCGGGUGACACCGCGCUCAUCGCCAUCAACGGCAUCUGGGGCCAAAGAGCGGUGUCCAUGGCCACUCGCUACGGCGCUCGGGUGGUCACCCUCGAAACAGAAGUCGGUAACAACUUCACCCUCGCCCAGAUCGAAAACGCGGUCCACAAGCACAAACCAACCCUCCUGUUUGUAACCCAAGGGGAGAGUUCUUCAGGAGUGUACCAGAACGUGGAAGGAAUUGGCGACAUCUGUCACAGAUAUGGGUGUCUUCUAGCUGUCGACACGGUAGCGUCGUUGGGCGGAGUUCCGCUAUUCGUGGACAGAUGGGGCAUCGAUGCGGUGUACACGGGGUCGCAGAAGGUGCUAGGGGCACCUGCGGGGCUAGCGCCUAUUUCGUUCAGUCCUAGAGCACAGGAGCGAAUUUUUGCUCGGAAGACCCCGGUGAAGGUUUUAUACUGGGAUAUGACUGUUUUGGGGGACUACUGGGAUUGUUUUGGGCGUUCCAGGGUUUAUCACCACACUAUUGCGUCGCAGUUGCUUUACGGGUUGAGGGAGGGGCUCGCGCUUGUGGUAGAGGAGGGGCUGGAAAAUGUGAUUCAGAGGCACCAGGACUGUGCCCAGCGGUUCUAUCAAGGUUUGGAUAAGUUGGGUCUGCAACUGUUUGUCGAAGACGAGUAUAAAAGGUUGCCUACGGUCACUUCUAUAACGGUGCCCGAUUGGGUGGACUGGCGCGACGUGGUCGCUUACGCCAUGAAGAAUCACUUUGUGGAGAUCAGCGGUGGUUUGGGUCCUACCGUUAAUAGAGUUUUUAGGGUGGGGUUGAUGGGAUAUAAUGCGACUCAGGACAAUGUGGACCUGGUUUUGCGAGUACUGGGGGAGGCUUUGCACUACGCACAAGGUGUUCAACGUAGUAAACUAUGAAGUGUUUGUGAAGCGUUUAUUCUAGCUAGCAGUCCUAAUUAAUGUCAACAGAAGAAAUAAAAUUACCAAAUGCAAUCUUGA